CCCACAAGAUUCAACAACCAUCUAACGAACCUAUAACCGCUUUCUUCCUCCAUCUUAAUUCUUGACCUCUCUCUCUCUCUCUUCAACCUCGCAAGUCAACAACAAUGGCGACUAUCUCACUCUCGUGCGCCGUCUUUCUCGCCGCUCUCAUCCUCUGUUUUCCUCGCUCCUCCGCCGGAGUUCCACUGGAAGAAUUCGAAAGAGCCAUCACGGUGCUCCGAGUCAGAGGCAGAGCUCUCUUCGCGAACGCGAUCAUCACCUCCGAUCUCCUCUUCGAUCUGCUCUCCGUCGAGUCCCUCACGCUCUUCGUCCCCACCGACUCCAUGCUCUUCGACCUCGACAUGACUCACUCUUCCUACUUCUACGUCUCCACCCUCCGCCUUCACUCCGUCCCACUCCGCCUACCUUUCUCCGAUCUCAGAUCCCUCCCGAACGCCACCUCUCUCCCGACGCUUCUCCCCUCUCACCACAUCCGGCUCACUACCUCCGACGAAUCCAUUUUUCUCGACGGUGUUCCCGUCCUCCUCCCUGAUUUGUUCUACGGCGAACAUCUCGCCGUGCACGGCCUCGCCGGUCUUAUUUCCCUCGCGACGUCUUCGUCUCCCGAACUCUCCGUCCAUCUGCCUCCUCCCGUCGUCGUCGAUUCGCCGGCAGAGUCACCGUACUAUUCAAGAUUCUCACCGGCGCCGCAGCCUUACGACUACUUUCUCGGUCUUUCGUCGGCGGAAGCGACGAGGGUUGAAGACGUCUCACCGUCGCCGUGGAGAGAUGGCAUGAUCGUAGGGGAUGAAGGAGGUCCGUUAGAUUGGUGGAGUAACCACUUUUGAUAGACACGUGUCGUCAUCUAUGCAAAGCGGGAGAUUUAACUGUAAACGGUUUCUUGCUAAAAGACCAAAAGGUCCCUUCUUUUUUGCUGAUUGAUAAAAAUUUGUAACAGCCUAGAUUCUGAAAUUACAUUCAUACAACACAA